AUGACGCCACAUCUCGAAGAAAAGGCAUUGAACCGGUCGAUAUCCCUCUCCAACCUGCACCUACUGAACAAGGAGCGCGGACAUGUCUACUUGACAAGCAAGGACAACGUUGAAUCCAGACCGGAAUGGCUUCAUAGCCACGUCGGUAUCCCUGGACCAUGGGACAGCAAUGAGGACAGUGUUGAAGAAGAAUCAGCUAAAGACCUUACCCCGACCCAGUCUUCUGAGGAUGACAAAGCUGCAUCUGAUAUUUCCCAUAAACAGCAUUCCGGCAGUCUUGCUGAUUCUCACCGCCUCCUAAGACUUCCACCAUCCGAACCAUACAACAAGCCCACAGAUGGCGACCAAUACCAGAAGUCUAUCACAAAUACACCAGCACAUAGACCCCGGCAGGAUGGAUUCUCUGAAGCGCCGUCCGUUCUUAUUCUUGUCGAUAAAGGUUCCGGUAUUGUUGAUGCUUUUUGGUUUUUUUUCUACUCCUACAACCUCGGCCAAACGGUCCUGGGUAUUCGAUUUGGCAACCACGUGGGUGAUUGGGAACACUGCAUGAUUCGGUUUGAGAAUGGUAAACCAGGCGGUAUCUUCCUCUCCGAACAUUCAGGCGGUCAGGCCUAUGAUUUUCAUGCCGUUGAGAAGCGUGACAUCCGACCUGUUAUAUACUCUGCAGUUGGCUCCCACGCCAUGUACGCCAACCCUGGGGAUCAUCCCUAUGUUUUGCCCUUCAACAUGCUGAAGGAUGUCACCGACCGCGGCCCUCUUUGGGAUCCAGCUAAAAAUACCUAUUCGUACUGGUAUAAGUAUGAAAAAGAUGCGGAAAUGCAUCACUACCAUGAUGUGGAUAGUAAGAUUGGUGGCACCAAUGGGCUAUGCCAGAACACAUCAGACAGUCUCAUCCCAACCGUUGAAAAUCCGACUGCGCCAACCAGUUGGUUUCAUUAUGCUGGCAACUGGGGCGACAAGCUCUAUAGUCUGGCUGAUGUCCGUCAAUGGCGUCUUUUUAGCCAGUACCACUAUGUCGCAGGGCCUCGUGGUCCCAAGUUCAAGCGUCUAGACCGCCAAAAGAUUUGCAGCACUGAUAGGUGCCAGAUUUUACAUACAGUGAAUCCAGGACAGACGUGGUACGAGGGAAAUAUCCAAAGUACAGAUCGAUCUAUCCCCAUCAACGUCACUGGAGCUUAG